UUUCGUUCCACGAGGACAUGCUCAUGCAUCACUGUUCACGGUCUGCUUAGGUUUCUACUCAAAGUGUGAUUUUAAAAACGUUUUUUUCGAGAUGGACACCGACACAAAACCAGCCCCAGACACUGUAGCAGCCGCGGGGAGCAAAGAUGACGCCGAUUCUUUCACAAAGGUUAAGUCGAAAAAGUCUCAGAAGCGAAAACGUGAACAAGAUGGAGCGAGCAUGGACGCAGAGGAGCCCGUGGCGAGCAAACGGCCGCAGUUUCCGCCUAUUUCAGGAGACAAAUUAAGGGGCUCAGAUGAUAUGCGCAAAAUCCCAGUUCCAGCUCACAGAUACACACCACUGAAAGAAAACUGGCUGAAGAUAUUUACUCCCAUUGUAGAGAACCUACAGCUUCAAGUUAGAUUCAACCUCAAAACAAGGAAUGUUGAAAUCAAAACAUGUAAAGAAACACAGGAUAUCACCUCACUUCAAAGAGCAGCAGAUUUUGUUAGAGCGUUUGUUCUUGGAUUCCAGGUUGAAGAUGCCCUGGCUCUCAUUAGAUUAGACGAGCUCUUCCUUGAAAGCUUUGAUGUCACAGACGUGAAACCUCUGAAGGGAGACCACUUAUCCAGAGCUAUCGGAAGAAUAGCAGGGAAGGGAGGAAAAACCAAAUUCACCAUUGAAAAUGUCACAAAGACUCGCAUUGUGCUUGCAGACACAAAAGUUCACAUAUUAGGGUCUUUCCAGAAUAUCAAGAUGGCCCGGACAGCGAUAUGCAACUUAAUCUUAGGAAGUCCACCUUCAAAGGUCUAUGGCAACAUCAGAGUGGUAGCUAGCAGGACUGCAGAGAGAUUCUAAAGCUGAACCCUGAUUGGUCACCAUACAUAUUUAUCUCUUCCACUAUUGACUUAUGGAAUUCCCAUGUGGAUCGGUGAGGCUCUCGCUGCCCUUUGGACUGAUACCUCGGGUUCUUCAGUAAUGGCCUUGUGGUUUUUGGAUCAGUCGGCAUCAAAGUGAUGAAUAAAAUUAUGAUACAUGCAUUAAGAGAAUAUGGAUAUCUGAUUGUAUGCAUUUGUGUAAAUGUGUUUAAAAAAAGAAGACUAAUUGAAA